GCUAGUGGGACGUUUCACGGCAGCAUGGACGCAGGGAAAGAGGAGCAGCUUGCGGGGGAGACUGUGUUUGCGACCUCUGCGCUGGAGGGUGGAAGAGAAAAGAAGAAGAGCAACUACUGUAAAGUCAUCACUGUGGUGCUGGUGUGUCUGCUGAUCAUCAUCCUUGUUGUGGUGUUCUCCCUGAGGAAGCAGGAUGGGGACGGAGUAAUGGAUCCUUGGCUUCAGGAGGCACCAGAGGAACUGGACGCGCCAGAGUGUCCACCUGGUUAUUCCAGGUCUCCUCUCAUCGUGGUGUCUUUGGAUGGAUUCAGGUCGCAGUAUCUGACAGACCACAGCAGCCACAUUCCAGUUAUCAACAAGCUCCGAGCAUUUGGAACGACGCCGCCUUAUAUGAGGGCUGUGUAUCCCACAAAGACGUUCCCCAGCCACUACAGCAUCGCCACGGGUCUGUACCCGGAGUCUCAUGGGAUCGUGGACAACAAGAUGUACGAUGUGACCUGGAACGGUUUCUUCAGCCAGAAAACCGACGAGAAAUUUAAUCCUCGCUGGUACCAGGGAGAACCAAUCUGGAUCACUGCCCAGCGUCAUAAAUUAAAAGCAGGCACGUUUUUCUGGCCCGGUUCAGAUGUUCCCAUCAAUGGCACCUUUCCACACUUGUACAGGAAGUUUGAUAAGACCAUCAAAUUUGAGGAGAGGGCAUCAACGAUCCUUCAGUGGCUCAGCUUACCUCAGGAGGAAAGGCCUGACCUCUACACCAUGUACCUGGAUGAACCCGAUGGAACUGGUCAUCGUCAUGGACCGGAAAGCAGCCAGAUUGUUGAAGCUCUUGAGAAGGUGGAUGGGAUUUUAGGUCUCCUGAUGGACGGUCUGAAGGCGAAGAACCUGCACAAAUGUGUCAAUGUGAUGAUCACGUCGGACCACGGUAUGGAGGAGGCGUCCUGCAGCAAGGCAGCGUUCGUCACGUCUUACCAGAGCAACACUGAGGACUUUGACAUCAUCCAAGGUCCGGCCGCUCGGAUCAGACCCAAGCACCUCCCGGAGGAGUUCGACUCCUUCGACUACGAGGGUCUGCUGAAGAACCUGUCGUGCAGGACUCCUGACCAGCCCAUGAGGCCUUACCUCAAAGAGCACCUUCCCAAACGGCUGCAUUUCGCCAAACACAGGCGCAUCGAGAGAGGACACCUGUACAUGAAGUCUGGCUGGCAGGCCGCCAUGAGCGAGAAGGAAGUCAAAUACUGCUCAGGUGGAUUCCAUGGGUCGGACAAUCUCUUCCCCAACAUGCAGGGUAUCUUCAUCGGCUACGGCCCAGGCUUCAAGAAAACGUCUGUUCCUCCUUUUGAAAGCAUCGAACUGUACAACCUGAUGUGUGACCUGCUUGGUAUCACUCCAGCGCCCAACAACGGUACUCACGGCAGCCUGAACCACCUUCUGAAGAAGCCGGUCCAUUUCCCCGUCCACCCCGCGCAGCUGUCUUACUCCACAUGCCAGUCGGGCGUCGCCAAUUCUGACAACGACCUGAACUGUUCCUGUGAUCACCAGACCAGAGCAAUGCAACUUGAGGCAGACGCAGUUCUGCUGACAUCCACUGAGAAUGAUGAAGUGAGGCUACGUCACCUCCACCAUCCCAGCGGCGUCCCAGCAGUCGUCCAGCCCGACGUCCUCUUCUGCCUCCUCCACCACCAGGACUACCUCAACGGCUAUAGCCGCGACCUGAAGAUGCCUCUGUGGGUGUCGUACUCCCUCCCUCCAAUGACAUCAGUGCGACCUCUGAGUGCAGAUGUGGAGGAGUGUGUCCGCGCUGACGUCCGCAUACCGGCAUCUGCUAGCCAGCUGUGUACGCGCUACACAGACAACCAGACGCUGCACUACGGCCUCAUGCAUCCACCCUAUCUCAGUAUUAAUGGACAAGUGAAUGACUCGCUGCUCACCAGCAACAUGGUCCCGAUGUAUCCUGCGUUCAAAGAUGUGUGGGACUACUUUCACAAGGUCCUGCUGCCACCACACACUCAGCCCCGUGGAGUCAACGUCAUGAGCGGCCCCAUAUUCGAUGAAGACUUCGAUGGACGAGCCGAUCCGCUGAAGCCGGGCUCGAGAAUCAAACCGGUGAAUCCGACUCACUUCUACUUGAUCCUCACCAAAUGUGGGAAUUCAACCCUCGACCUCAGCGCCUGUGACACGCCACUGCAGGUUCAGUCUUUCAUCCUGCCACACAGAGCGGAUCACACGGAGAGCUGCGCAUCGGGCUCCUCGGACCUGGUGUGGGUGGAGAACUGGAUGCAGCUACACGUCGCUCGAGUCCGAGACAUCGAGCUGCUGACUGGACUCAGCUUCUACCACGACCGGAUAUCGGUGGAGGAAACGCUGCGGCUCAAGACGUUUUUAAGAUGAAGUGUCCGCUUCUGCACCUCGGCCGUGUUCAUACAGACAGCAAAAGUUGAGUAACCACCUGGUUUUUAUCCAAAAGAAACUACUCUCAAGGUCAAGUUGAGGCCCACAGGAUUCGAUCUAAUGACCCCAUAUGAAAGUUCAUACUGAGGCUGACAAUGUUGUUCCAUAGGCUUUUAGAUUCAUCAUCAAGUCAGUUACUACCCUGCACGUUAGCGGCCUUUUUUUUUUUCAGAAAAACUCUAUCGUGAACACGUCAUCUUUCUACUUUUUGCAGGUGUUAUUUAGCUGCAGCUUCCUUCAAAAUGACAUUAUAUUUAUUCAAUGUUUUCAAGACUUUCAAAUGAAGCGCAGUCUGUCAGAUUGACUGGAGAUAUAAGCUUUUAUAGCUUUGGAUUUCAAUUGUAAAUCAGAUCAACUCAGAGCGUGUCACUGACCUCAUCCUCUCUGCAGCUGCGAUGAGGAAGAUUAGGCUCUUGUAUCUUGUUAAUGCAGCAGUUGUGGCUGCUGAAAAAAAUCCAGCUGUGUUAACAAGAAAUGAGUCUGACCUCAUUUUUAAUUCAGUUUACUGUCGUCCCUGUUAAUCUUUUGAUCAAGACUUUUGUGAGUUGGUGUUGAUCAUAUCAGAGUCACAGAAUAAUACUUGCAUUGAACAUCCUCACUUUUAAAAACAGAGAAUCCAUUGCCUUAAAAAUGAUUCAAAACCCGACUGAUUUCAGGUUUAAUCCGUCAAGUUUACACCACUUUCUGACAGGGAUUCAGCUGUGGUGUCACGUGACCUUUUAUAUGUGGCUAAACGUGCAGCUGUGGUACCAGGUUUGCUGUUCGUGUAAACACAGCCAGUGGUCUGUGCUCGGGUCCAGGUGGUUCAGUCCAGGUCCGUCGCACCAAAGCCGCAGAGCUGUCGGACUCAAGAGCCCUUUGUUUUAGGCAGGAACCUCAGAAGCAUGAAGCCAAAGACGCCGUCCGGUCUGCUGCGAGCGCAGGCAGGAAGCUGAGGUCGUGACGACCGAUAAAGAACAUGAACGUUGCGACAGAUGGAAAGACUUCACCUUUAACCCUGUUUUCAUUGUAUCUGUCGAUUUUUGUGCACCUUUUUACUCUAGCUGAUGGUGGACCUGAGCAGGAAGUGUGAGCCAGUGCUGGGCAGAUCGGCUGACUGAAGUCUGAGAGAAAAUCAGGAGCUUGUUACUAAAACUACAGUGGUUUAAAUCUCUGACCCCUAUUUGUCUCUCACCGGGCACCUUCCCAGAGUCUCUCCUUCCAUCCCGCGACCCCACCUUCCAGGCGAGCUGGACCUGGAUUUAUCAAUCAUGUUUCAAGUUACCUUUGCAAGGCUGAAGAUGUUUCAGUGGCUCUGCUCAGCACUUGUUGCCGUCCACAUGUGAACGAACAGCACUGUUGUCGGGUGUGUGUGUGUGUGCUUGUACAGCUAUCCUUGUGGGGACGCAUUCUUGGAAACACUUUUGCUUUGUGAGGACAUUUUUGCCAGCCCCCACGAAUCCAUGCCUUAAUUUCAGAAUGAAAGUGUCAAAACAACAGGGUAGUUAUAAUUAUAUAAAAUAUAAUAAGUUUGCCUAAGAGUCCUGGUCAAUGUUAGCCAUGUAUUUUGGAUGGUUUGGUUUAGGGUGAGAGGCAAUGAGAGGUCCCCACAAGGAUAGAGAUGCAAACCUGUGUGUGUGUUAGGAUCAAUUUGGGGAAAAACCAUGAAAGUCACUGAGAAACCGCCAAAAGUCCUUAAGGACACAAAUCUGAGAAUGUGUGUUGGUGUGUGAUGGCAGAGAGGACCAACAAGUGUUUCUGUUCUCUGGCAGC